GGCUGCUCCUUUCCUGCCCGGGGGCUGGGGCGGGGAAAGGGGGCAUUUAAACGUCCGCCCUGGGGCCCAGAAGGCAGUUGGUCCUGCGGGUGGGGCUGCCCCUGGCCCUUGGCUACCAUGCGACCCUGCUGGACCCGGCUGAGGCUCUUGCUGACCCUGGCCCUAGCCUUGGUCCUGGCUCUGAACUUAAUUCUGUAUCUGCUCUUCAUCCUGGCCCUAGAGAAACCUAAACAAGAACCCAGGACUGGCCAGGAGCGCCACUUCUUGGCUCCCAUCUAUGUCAACAGUUGGGCGGUGUUGCUGCCUGGGGGCAGGCAGGAGGCCGAGCGCUUAGCCCUCAAGUUCGGCUUUAUCAACUUGGGUCAGGUCAUCCAAGGCCGGCACUAUUACCACUUCCAGCACCGGGGGGUGGCUUCCAGAGCUCUCAGCCAGCACUGGGGGCACAGCCUGAGGUUGAAGAAAGACCCUAAGGUCCACUGGUUUGAGCAGCAAACACUGAAGCGCCGGGUGAAGAGAGAGACGUUUGAGCUGCCCACAGACCCUUGGUUCUUUAAGCAAUGGUAUUUGAGCAAGGAGGUCUACCCUGACCUGAACAUCCUGGAGGCUUGGAAAAAAGGUUACACAGGCCAGGGGGUUGUGGUGUCCAUCCUGGAUGACGGAAUAGAGAAGGACCAUCCUGAUCUGCAGGCUAAUUACGACCCUCUGGCCAGUUAUGACUUCAAUGACAAUGAUCCUGACCCACAACCUCGAUACACUUCUACCAAUGAUAAUCGGCAUGGGACCCGUUGUGCAGGAGAAGUAGCAGCUGUAGCCAAUAAUGGGAUCUGUGGUGUGGGUGUUGCCUACAAUGCCAAGAUUGGAGGUGUGAGGAUGCUAGAUGGUUCCAUCACUGACAUCGUAGAGGCCCAGUCCCUGAGCCUUCAACCUCAACACAUCCAAAUCUACAGUGCCAGCUGGGGUCCUGAGGAUGAUGGGCGCACAGUGGAUGGUCCUGGGUUGCUGACUCAAGAGGCCUUCUUUGAGGGGGUCAACACUGGCCGCAGCAACCUGGGCACGCUCUUUGUCUGGGCUUCGGGCAAUGGUGGCCUCCACUUUGACAACUGCAAUUGUGACGGCUACACCAACAGCAUCCACACGCUGUCUGUGGGCAGCACGACGCAGCACGGUCUUGUCCCCUGGUACAGCGAAGCCUGCGCCUCCACCCUCACCACCACCUUCAGCAGCGGCCUCACCAACGAGAAGCAGAUUGUGACCACAGACCUGCACUCCGAGUGCACAGACAAGCACACGGGAACCUCGGCCUCUGCCCCGCUGGCUGCUGGCAUGAUCGCCCUUGCCCUGGAGGCCAACCCUUUCCUCACUUGGCGGGACAUGCAGCAUCUAGUGGUGAGGGCAUCCAGGCCAGCCCAACUGCAGGCAGAGGACUGGGCCACCAAUGGAGUGGGACGCAAAGUAAGCCACCAUUAUGGCUAUGGAUUGCUGGAUGGUGGCCUUCUGGUGGAUUUGGCCAAGAAGUGGACCAUGACCCGGCCCCAGCUGAAAUGUUCUGUCAAGGUCAUCUCCACUUCCAUUCCCAUUAAACCAAAGACACGGGUGAGCCAUAAUGUGUCAGCCUGUCAUGGGGAAGGCUCUCAGAUCCGCUCGCUGGAGCACGUCCAGGUCCAGUUGUCACUCACCUACUCUCGACGAGGGGACCUGGAGAUCACACUCACCAGCCCCAGGGGCACACGCUCCACCCUGGUGGCAGUCAGGCCCUUUGAUGCCAGCAGCCAGGGGUAUAAGGAUUGGAUCUUCAUGUCCACCCACUUCUGGGAUGAGAACCCGAAGGGCACUUGGGCGCUGGAGUUAGAGAACAAAGGCUACUAUUAUAACUUCGGGAACCUCCAGAGCUACACUCUGAUUCUGUAUGGGACGGAGGAGAAUAUGACAUCCCGAAAGCUGAACACAGAAGUGACCAGCGACUGCUUGCGCCAGGACACCAACGGCCUGUGCCAAGAGUGCAUCCAUCCCUACUACAUCCUGGGCCAUCUCUGCCUUUCUUAUUGCCCUCCCGGCUAUUUCAACUGGACUCGCUUCUCGACCCCCGAAGCUGGACAUCCAGCCACCAAGGUCCAGAUCUGUGCCAGCUGCCACCCUUCCUGCUACACGUGCCAAGGCCACUCGCCCCAUUCCUGCACAGGCUGCCGACUCCACUACACUCUGAACAAGCAGACGCACGCGUGCUCCCCACUGCCCACCCCCUCCUUGCUGUCGCUGACCCUAUCCAAGAUCACCAGCUCUUUACCCCCGACCCGGCCCGAGCAGUUCAAGAAGAAGGCCAUGGCGAUUCUGGCUGUGGCCUGCGGUAUUCCUCUUUUCUUCUGUGUUAUCUACUUUGGCUAUCAUCUGCUGUGCACAAGCCUGGACAGCCGCCGUCAUCACUUCAGCCCCAUCUACCAGCCCUCCCGGGUGAGCAGCCCCAGCAUGGCAAUGCCUUCUGACCCAGUCUCGGACCUAGACAGCGAUAGUUCCUCAUCUUACUAGACAUCGCCUCACCAUUGCUAGGUAGCCACAACACAGAUUGCCUGGGCUGGUGGGGUCCUCCUCAUGCCAUCUAAGCCCAAGGGUCAGAAUGUUCUGGGCUGAGGAACCUAAUGUGCUUCUUCCUGCCUGGGUCCCAGGAGCCCCUCUUUGCCAAGGUGGAACUGUCCUUUGGGGUGAGUUCUUUUCCCCUGGCUUGGGGAGGGUAAAAGGGAAGGGGCCCCACAGGAACUGGGACCCUUGGGGUCUAGUGUGAGGGUCACCGAGGGCUGGGUUCCAUAUUUGCCAAUAAAGGUUAACACAAA